CAAAUUGAGAUUCUCCUCCUUCACUUCCUCAUUCACCUAUAUUAUUUUAUUUAUGUAUCAUAUACUAUACAUUUCUUUAUUUCAGUUUCUUCUAUUGAUUCAAAACCAUACUUGUGGGGGCAAAGAAAGAGUAUUUUAUUUUUUUUGUUUCUUUCUUUUUUUAGUAACUCGGUCUAGACUGUUCAAAUGGAAGUGGCAUACACUUUCUCUUUCAUUUUCUUGGUGGGUUUUCUUUUCUUUCAAGCAACUUCAAUUCUCAUUGAAGAUAAGCAAGCUUUGAUUGAUUUUGUGAACAGCCUCCCUCACUUGCGUUCACUCAACUGGAAUGAGUUCUCAUCCCCUGUGUGCGGCCACUGGACUGGCAUUACUUGCAGUGAAGAUGGGUCUCGAGUUAUAGCCGUCCGAUUGCCCGGAAUCGGAUUUCGCGGUCCGAUUCCACCCAACACUCUCAGCCGCCUCUCUUCUCUGCAGAUCUUGAGCCUCAGAUCCAAUGCUAUCACUGGUCCUUUUCCUCCUGAUUUUUACAGCCUCACCAACUUAUCAUUUCUCUACCUUCAGUUCAACAAGUUUUCGGGUCCAUUGCCUUUGAAUUUCUCUGCUUGGAACAAUCUAACUAUUGUUAAUUUAUCAAACAAUGAAUUCAAUGGUAGUAUACCCAAUUCUAUAUCGAAUCUAACCCAUCUCACAGCUCUGAAUCUUGCUAACAACUCCAUUUGGGGUGAAAUUCCUGAUCUCUAUUUGCCAAAUUUGAAGCAAAUCAACUUAUCCAAUAACAAACUCACUGGCAUUGUUCCCAAAUCACUUGAAAAAUUUCCGGGUUCAGCGUUCAUCGGUAACAAUAUUUCGUUCGUUGAUUCUCCGGUUGUUUCAUCUUCUCAUCAACCCAACUCGAAAUCCAAAAAUGUUGGGAAACUAAGUGAAGCAGCAUUACUAGGGAUUAUAGUUGCUGCUUGUGUUCUUGGGUUAAUUGGGUUUGUUUUCUUGUUGCUUGUUUGGUGGUUAAGAAAAAGAAGUGAAGAUGUGUUUUCAGGGAAAUUGAAGAAAGGAGAAUUGUCCCCUGAGAAGGCGAUUUCACGGAGUCAAGAUGCGAAUAACAGAUUAUUUUUCUUUGAGGGUUGUAACUAUGCAUUUGAUUUGGAAGAUUUACUCAGGGCUUCUGCUGAGGUUUUGGGAAAGGGAACAUUUGGGAUUGCUUAUAAGGCGGUUCUUGAGGAUGCGAACACGGUGGUGGUGAAGAGGUUGAAGGAGGUGAGUGUUGGGAAGAGGGAAUUUGAGCAGCAAAUGGAGGUUGUUGGGAGUGUCAAGCAUUCGAAUGUGAUUGAGCUAAGGGCGUAUUACUAUUCGAAAGAUGAGAAGCUAUUGGUGUAUGAUUUUUAUAGUCGAGGGAGUGUUACUGCAAUGUUACAUGGCAAUAGAGGGGAUGAUAGAAUCCCAUUAGAUUGGGAAACCAGAUUGAGAAUAGCUAUUGGAGCAGCCAGAGGCAUUGCUCGGAUCCAUGUCGGGAAGCUUGUUCACGGCAACAUAAAGUCCUCAAAUAUCUUCCUCAACUCCCAACAUUACGGUUGCGUGUCAGAUCUCGGGCUGUCAACAAUAAUGCGACCACUAGCACCACCUAUUGCCCGUGCUUCUGGUUAUCGAGCCCCAGAAGUAACAGACACUCGGAAAUCAUCACAACCGUCUGAUGUCUACAGUUUCGGUGUCCUGUUACUGGAACUCCUCACUGGCAAGUCCCCUAUCCACACGACAGCCACUGAUGAGGUCAUCCACUUGGUUCGGUGGGUCCACUCAGUAGUCCGAGAAGAAUGGACUGCUGAAGUGUUUGAUACUGAGCUAUUGAGGUAUCCAAAUAUAGAGGAAGAGAUGGUUGAGAUGUUACAAAUAGCAUUGGCAUGUGUAGUGAGGAUGCCAGAUCAGAGGCCAAAAAUGGUGGAUGUAGCGAGAAUGAUUGAACGUGUCCGGCAUACUGAUUAUGAGAAUCGACCAUCUUCUGAAGCCAAAUCUGAAAAUUCAACACCGACAUAACUUGUUUCGGGGUUGGAAUCCUCAACCCCACGAUGAGCGAAUCCUUGUGUGUUUGUGUUUGUUUCUAUCGUCUCAAUAGGUGUCGAAAUGUUGGUUGUUUCUUUCACAAUCUUGGUGAACAUAAGCAUAAUUAUGAUGUUUUAGAAACAUGGGAAUUUAACAGAUGGUGGUGGUGUUGUGUGACUCUUUAUAAUUAUGGUAAAUAUUGUGGUUCAUUGGCUUGUUUGAACAGAUUGUAGGACACCAUCAUGAAUGGUGAUUUAAGUAGUUGCAAGAGAUAUUCUUAGUCCAA